CCAUCCACAUGCAUCAGCAGAGAACAGAUCCUGGUGUAAAGAGAUGGAAGAUUUUGAUUUAAUUUGAGGCACUUUCCCUGAAGGCGGGGCAGGAAGACAGAAUUGUUGACCUUCAGAAGGCAAAGAGGGAAAGACCCAAUAGGCAGCCUGUUUAGCAGAGGAGAACAGGGAAAGUGCGGAGGAAAGAGGGGGAAAGAAACAGAGUGAGAGAGGAGGAGAAAGCAAGGUGGGAGAGUAGAACUCUGAGAGAGUGAAGUGACAGCUUGAGGAUUCAUCAAACAAGGGCAGGAACCAGCAACAGGACCAUGAAAGCUGGGCUUGCAUACUGCUGUCUUCUUGUCCUUCUUCUGAUCACGGAUGUCUGUGGCCAGCGAAGGCCAAAACCAAAGCCUGUUCGCCCAUCUACCACCAGGAAACCUCCUGCACCGAAGAAACCAACCUCUCCUGCCACAAAAUCUGAGCCUGAACCCCAGGAACCCACAGACUUUCCCCCUCCAAUCUUAGGCCCUCCCUCAGAAUUCUCAGACUGCCCCAGAGAGUGUUUCUGCCCACCAUCACACCCAAAUGCCCUCUAUUGUGAAAACCGCAACCUCCGGAAAGUCCCGAUCAUCCCAUUCCGCACCCACUAUCUAUACCUACAAAACAACUACAUUGAUCAAGUUACAGCGGAAUCCUUCAAGAACUGCACUGAGCUUAAGUGGAUAAAUCUGGGAAACAACCGGAUCCGCUCGGUGGAAAAACAAGUGUUUGAGAAACUUCCAAAUCUCCUUUACCUUUAUAUGCAAAGGAACGAGCUGAAGGAGGUGCCCGAUGACCUGCCAGCUGGUCUGGAGCAGCUUAGACUCAGCCGCAACCAGAUCUCAAAGAUUCCCCCAGGAGCGUUCAGCAAGAUGGAGCAUCUUGCGCUUUUGGAUCUCCAUCACAACAGAAUCAGUGACAGCAGCAUGGGCAAGAACAUCUUCAAGGAUCUGAAGAACUUAAUUCAGCUCAACCUGGCGCACAACAUCCUGAGAAAGAUGCCUGCGAAUAUACCAAACACCCUCUUCCAGUUGUUCUUGGAUAGAAACAACAUUGAGGAGAUUCCACAGGACUACUUCAAGAAUUUCGCAAGCCUUGCCUUUGUGAGACUUAACUACAACCAGAUUAGUGACAAAGGUCUUCCCAAGAGCGUGUUCAAUGUCAGCUCACUGUUGGAUUUGCAUUUGGCCCAUAACAAGCUGAGCAAUGUUCCUCUGUUCAACUCCGAGUUGGAGCAACUCCACCUCAACAACAACAACAUUGAGAGUGUAAAUGGAACUGAGAUCUGCCCCCCUCACAAUGUGCAUGAUGAGAAUGGAGCACCCAAACUGAGAUACCUGCGUUUGGAUGGCAAUCACUUGAGUCCUCCAGUCCCCCUAGAUGUCAUUAUGUGCUUUAGACACCUCCAUGCAAUAGUGAUAUAAGUUAAUAUAGAUGAUGAACACAUUCAUGCAUGCCUGUGUACGACCAGGCCUUCCUGUCUACUUGAUAGUGCUGAGUGAAUCAACAGUAGGUGACCAGAAGAAGCAAGUAAGCAAUUAGGAAUAAAUGGCAAUGCAUUUAUUUUUCAGUUUACGUUCAGGAAUGUUUCAAAGUGUAACCUAAAAUCCUUCAACACACCAUAUUUAUUGACUUUACUACAUUGAGUACAACUGAGCAUGAGUAUUCUGCAUUACAUGUUUCAUGUGAUUAUACUGAACAGAACCAACAGCGAUGUCUGUGAGUGCGAUUAAUAAAACCCUAAAAAUAAAGGUACAUUAACUGA